CGUCGAUCAUCUCAAUCUCAAAAUGCCAAAUUGAAUGUCCGCCUCAAUUCAUCGUCUUUUUCGAGUUUUGAGAAAGACUUUCUGCUUUCGGUCUCGAACAAAUUGCUUCUGGGUUUCUCGGUGGACUACAAAUACGGUGGAUGUCUGAAAGUAGAGCAGCAGAGGCAUGUCAGAAACGCUCCUGGUGUAAGAUAAGAAGAUCGAGAAGAGUUCCUGUUUUCUAACAUUCACCGCAUCCCACCACAACACGAUCUCUCGCCCGAUUUCGAUUUAACCCGUAGCGAGCCAACUCGAUCCGCCCGCACUUGUACAGUGCCGCAGCUGACGAAAAUUCGAUUUCGAAAGCAAACAUGUCGUCGCAGCUCACAGGCCGGCGCCGAGCCAUUGUCAACCGAAACAAGAACACAACGGUUGCAUCGUCUCCAACGACGAAUCAGAACCAGAGCAACAGCGUAGACACGAGCAAAAAGAAUUACCAGCCCGCGAACAAGCAACAAGCCAAGCUCCAAAUGCGCAUCUGGGUACUCGCGAUCCUUGCUUCUUUGAUGUUUGGGCUCGCUGUGUUCUUUCAGGCAACGUCGGGAUCGGCGUCUUCGAUUUUCUCACAAUGGGGCAGAAGUCAUAGUGCUUCUUCAAAAAAAAAAACGACGGGGAACUGUGAACACCGAACCUAUCCCGAUCGACGAUACUAUGGCUUGAACGAUCGACCCCUCCCAGACUUUCUAGAUACGGAAUAUGUCUACGGAGAGCUUCCAAUCAUCAUACCUCCAAAGGUCGAAUCGUCCAAGCUCUGCGUCGAUCAAACCGAAUGGUACGACCCCCACAACACCGAGAACGGGAAGAACAACAACGACGCGAUCACGCCACCAGCGCUUCCGUUUGCCGAUGGCACCAACCCAUCCAUUCUGAAACUCGUGGACAAUCCCAGGAUCGAUCCUGCCAUCCGUGAUUUUUUCCAGGCCGGCGACAGCAAAAGCAGCAACGACCCUUCUACCGCUCCUUAUUAUCUUGCCACCAUAUGUAUGACCAAUUCCCAGUGUUCCUGGAACGUGAGCCCCGAAGAAACGAUUGGGUUUCGGUUGUCUACCCUCACAGAGCCGGCGACCGUCCGGACCGUCCUGCUGGUACUCAACCAGAAGUUUGAAACACUGCGGGAGGCCACCAUCCACACGCGCAUCGAUGCUCACUUUGGGGGCCGGCGCAACAAGAAGGCACCGAUUGUCAAGAACCAGCUGGAGACCUAUGCCCUGGACGAUGCACGGUUGUUCACCCACAAGGGACAAAUCUGGGUGUCUUAUCGCGAGGGGAAACUCUUCGGAUACGAAAAACAGGUCUUAAACCGGCUCCAUUUCGGUCUGGAAGAUGGACCCAGGGACGACACAACGAAGCUUCUGCGAGCGUCGGCCGACGAACAACAACUGACCGUCACGCUGCUUGCAUCGGAAGUAGAAACGCUUUGCUGCGGACGAAACAUGGCACUCAUCGACAAUGUCCACACCAACAAACUCCAAGCCCUCACAUGGGUGGACCCCGUGACGGUGGUCGACGUCGAUACCGAAAAAACAGAUCACCAAGGAGAAGGCAAAGCCAAGGGAAAAAACAGGAGGGCUGCCAGCGACAAAAAGGCUCAGAACAUCAGUGCAGCCGCCGUCGCACAUGCCAUGUCUUCCCAUCGACGCCUGGCACAGAAGGACGAAAAGAAACAAAAGAAAAAGAGCCACAUGCACGGAACGAACGGAUUCAUGGUCUACCUGCCCGACGAUAAGGAAUAUCUGGGCAUCGGACACGUGCACAGACCCCCCGACCGCAAGCAAAACGACCACGCCCGCUUUGGUCACCACUACACGCACGUCUUUUUCACCAUUUCAGACUCGCCGCCCUUUCAAUUGAAACGCCUGUCUCCCGAACUGCUGCUGCCAAGCCACAAGAAUCCGUAUGACGGGGAAAUCAUUCAGUUCUGGAGCGGUCUGGAACUCAAAAAUGAAAGCACUCUGGCAGUGGCCUACGGGAUCAACGACUGCGAGGGAGCUGCGCUCGAGCUGGAUUUGUCCGUCGUGGAAGGACACUUGCGGCAUGUUCCAGAGGGGAAGGAGGUCGUCGACUUCAUGAUGCCUUUGAAGUAAGCAACAACCAAACGAGGAAACUACGACACGUAUAGACAGACCACCAACUUUUCACCAGGGUCUUCUCCCGAAUAGUAUUGUUGAUGAAUCAUUACUGUAGUCAUUCUAGUACUACUUUGGAAUUGUUAAGUUCUAUGGCUCUGUUCGUACACAAACUAGAGUGGUUUGGGGGGUGGUUUGCUGGAGUGGUUUGGAGUGGUUUGGCGAGGUUGAGAAGGAGGGUUGAGGGGGGCAAGAAGAGGUGCUAAUCCUUGUACAUGAUAGUCAGUAGUAAGGUAGACUGCAGCAAUUGCAUGCUGGUUGUAAUUCUUGGAAGUGGUAUGUGCAUCAUUCUCCUUGGAAAUGAUGAUUCUGGCCUUCCUUGACCCUCUUCUACUUUAAGAGGCUCAAUAUUAUUAAAUUUUGUGUGUGCAUGUAUGGGAGUAUUGGGAUUGAUACUAUUGAGAGAUGUGCAGUGUGGUAGCUGCAUGUUGUUACAUUCACUAGUUGCCAUUUACAACUUAUUUUCCUCUUCUGUAAAGGGCAAUUCACUAAUUUUGGAGGAAGACAACACCUAUUGACCAAAUCAGGGUCUCUUCUUGGUUUUUGAAGAAAUAUGCAGUGUUUUCUUUUCUAAAACACCAAGAAAACAAAGACAACAGUACCAAUGGUUCUCCUUGUUUUGAGGGGUGCUUGCAAAACUUUUAACAAAAGCAAUUCUACAUU